GUUAUGAAUGGAUUUCCUCAGAAGGGAGGAGGUGGUGGUGGGGGGAAGGAAAGGAUGUAUUUCUGCAUCAGCGAGUCAAGCAGCUUUGGUCACACCCUUCCCCCGCCUACAUGUCCCCCCUCCCGGGACGAGAGAGGAGCUUUACCGCCCGCCAUGUUGAUAGAGCAGGAGUCAGAGACGUGUAAAAGCCUGCUUAGCGAACUAAACUACACAUUACGGGAAGGGUUAGAAAGAACAUUUAUCCAACAACCACAACAAAUAAGUCAACUUUCCUGGUAUUUUUGUCUUGGAUGGUGACUUCUUUGAUCGUAUGGGUUGUAAAAUUCCUGGAUAUUCAUUUACUCUGUAGAAUAACUCGGGAAAAAGGAAAUGGUGAUGGCGUGGCUGUGUGUGUGUCCAGCUCUGUGUGUGUGGAGAUGGUUCUAACAGGCUGUUGUCUGUGAGGACUGUGGAACACACUGCUGGCCUGCGGAGGCACCCUGAACACACACACACACACACACACACACACACACACACACACACACACACACUCGGUGACAACACACACACACACACUCAGAGACACGGUGACACACACACACACUCAGUGACACGGUGACACACACACACACAACGCAGCGAGAACGGAUUCGGACACACAAACUCUCCCCCCCCCCCCCUCCCCUCCCCCCCAACACACACACACACACACACACACACACACACACUCUUGACUGUGUGUCCCAGUCGUGGUAGCGCGUGUGUGUGUGUGACCACCACCACUAUGCCGAGCUCCACUAUCAGACGUUCUGUGAAGAACAUGGUGAACAACUACUCCGACGCGGAGAAGAAGGUGCGGGAGUCCACCUCCAACGACCCCUGGGGCCCCUCGUCCUCUCUGAUGUCAGAGGUGGCCGACCUGACCUACAACGUCGUGGCGUUCAGUGAGAUCAUGAGUAUGAUCUGGAGACGCCUCAACGACCACGGGAAGAACUGGAGACACGUUUACAAGGCGCUGACGCUGCUCGACUACCUGAUUAAGACGGGGUCAGAGCGCGUGGCUCUGCAGUGUAAAGAGAACAUCUUCGCCAUCCAGACUCUGAAGGACUUUCAGUACAUAGACAGAGACGGAAAAGACCAGGGAAUCAACGUCAGAGAGAAGAGCAAACAGCUGGUGGUCCUGUUGAAAGAUGAGGAGAGACUGAAAGGUGAGCGUUCCCAGGCUCUGAAGACGAAGGAGAGGAUGGCUCAGGUCACCACUACAGGGGCGGUGACACCGGGUCAGGGUUUUGGCCGAGGUUCGUCUCAACCCAACCUGUCGACCUCCUACAGCGAGGAGUACGGCAAGUCGGAGGGGUCACCUGCAUCUUACCACGGCUCCACGUCUCCGGUUCCAGGCUCAGAGUUGGAGCAGGCCCGCCCCCAGACCAGCGGAGAGGAGGAGCUACAGCUGCAGCUAGCACUGGCCAUGAGCAGAGAGGCUGCUGAACAGGAGGACAGGAUGCGUCGGGGAGAUGACCUGAGACUCCAGAUGGCACUCGAGGAGAGUCGUAAAGGAAAAGCCCUCGGUGAUACCGGCUCUGGAAAACUAGCCAAGAAGAAGAGAGAGGCCCAGUCCUCUCUGUUGGAUCUGAUGGAUGUUCCAGAAUCGGAUUCGGCCGACCCCUGGGGGGCGAGAGGAGGCGCUGCCGCCGCACCAGACCCCUGGCAGGCCUACGGUGCAGCCCCAACGCCAGUGGCUCCAGUAGACCCCUGGGGGCCCCCGUCCUCCUCUGUUCCCCCCAUGAAGAGCAGUGAUCCCUGGGGAACCAACCCUGCUCCUGACCCCUGGGGUUCUGGAGGAACCUCCUACGCAGGUGAUGGUCGGGGUCUCUCCUCCCUGACUAGUGGUACCGGGGACCUGUUUGACCCUCUGCCCAACAGGAAGACCCCAGAGUCCUUCCUGGGUCCUAAUGCAGCAUUGGUCAACCUGGACUCACUGGUCACCAAGCCUCCUCAGCCUGCUCCUAUUGUCAACCCCUUCCUCGCUGCCGCAGGAGCCGCCCCUGUAGCCGCCCCCCAGGCCAACCCCUUCCAGAUGGGCCAGCCUAACCCCCCUACCCUAAACCAGAUGAGAGUCAGCCCUAUGCCAGGCCUGAGUCUGGGAGGGGGAGCAGGGUUCAGCAGCUUGUCCUCCAUGGUAGACCCUCUGCCCCCCCUGACGGGCCACAUGGUGCCCGGGGUUGGAGGGAUGGGGGGUUUCCCGGCCUCUAUGCCUCUGACCCAGCCCCUCUUCGGCUCAGCUCUGCCCCCCACAGCUGGCACACAGCCCCCCGGGACCACUAACCCCUUCUUGUUGUGAGGAACGCCUCAACUACACCCCCCCCCAACAAGACAACACCCCUGGACUCCUCUCCUGUUUUUCCACCCCCCCUCUCCUCUUCCUCCCUCUUCCUCUCUCUCUUCCUCUCUCCCCUCUGCUCUUCCUCUCUCUCUUCCUCUCUCUCUUCCUCUCU